AAUCUGACAGUUUUGAUUUUUGAUUUGAUUUGGGAAUUUUGGUUAAAAUAAUAAAAUAAGUACUUGUACCUACCUAUUAAUUAUUGUUGGAAAUAUUUAUACAUUUUCCUUUUUCUCCACAAUUAUAGAUUUCCAUAGUUAUGUGAAAAAUUAAAAAUUGUAGGCUAUAAUGAUUAAGCGUUCAAAUUAUUAAACAGACCUUUAUUUGAUGCGGCUCCCUGCCGAGCAUUUGGUUUUGUUUGCUAUAAGCAAAGUAGAUAAAUGCCGAAGAAAAAAAGUAAAAAACAGGGAACUCACUCAGAUUUCACAAUAAAUGAUUGUGCAAAUGCCCCGAAACCUGUGGGCCGUGUAAAAAAAUCAGCAGUUGCUGAACCAUUACCUGAGAAGUCGUGGGAAGACCUUCAGGAUGAUGACUUGGAAGCCAUCAUACAAAAGCCAAAUCCUGAGGGAGUGAAAGAAUAUAAAAAAAAGAGAAAUCAUUCCAAAUGUGAGGUAGAUGUUACUGAUCGGCCGGGUAUAGAGUACCCUGAGAUAGUGUGGUAUUUAAUAUCUCCAUAUAUCAAACCAGAAGAAAUAGGUAACUUUGCCGGUAUCAACCGAGCUACCUACUCCAUAACUAAAAGAGAGAGUUUCUGGCGGGCACUGUACAAGAGAUACUGUCAAAACAAACCCAAGCUGUUGCCUGAAAAGUUUAGAAUUGACAAUGAUUACAAGUUGUAUGGCUUGCAGCUGAGGGUUAUAAGAGCUUUGUACCACACUUAUGAUGUGUUUAUUCAAAAGGUGUUACGAGAGACAGGCGACCUGUUAAAUGGUUGUAGUCGGCCAUAUGACCUGGUUGGCCGCAGGUGUGUGAACGUGUGGUACAGCAAGGACUACUGCUCGCUAUACUUCAAGCUGAAAAAACUGAGCCCCGCGCGCGUUCAAUGUGACGAUUUCAUCAAAGAGUUGGGCCGGAUAGACGCCAAUCCGGAGGAGGGCUCCAAAAUAUUAGAGGUGAUGUGCCUCAACUACUCCGAAGUGCCCCCCCUGCUGGGCCUGACGCUGACGUCCGUGCGCGUGACGCUGUCGCAGACGUGCCGCCACCGCCGCCUGUACCUCGGCUUCAACCGCAGCCACAACAACGUGUACAUAGAGCGCCAGCCCGAGUGCUCUGUGUGCAUCAACUCUAUAGUCAGCAUGCUUGUCUAUGACUGGUGGGACCCGAAGUACCCGCAUUUCGAGAUCAAACUGCCGACUUAUAUGCGUGAAGAGGAAUCUGUGCCCGUUUUGAAGAAGGAUUUCUUUUCUUUGUAAAUAGAUGUCGUGAAUAAACGUUACACUUACAAGUAUAAUUUUUUAUUUA